GACACUGGUAGCCAUCAACCGGCACACUCUCAGUCGCUCCGACUCGGGAACCAGGGCAUCAGCGGAGAUAGCAGGCUUUACUUCGCGGUCUUAGGCUAACUCGCUUUGGGCUUUGGUUCAGAAUGGAAACGUCUACUUUUUCUCGGAGCCGACGAUGCUCCAUCAUGCGCAGCUGCAAAAGCGGUCUUUCCCUCUGGCUGGUGGUGUGGCUAGUCCUUGGCAAGCCAAGUCCGGCAUCGGCAUGUCCGCACCUGUGUGUGUGCUAUCCGACGCCGAUGACUGUGAGCUGCCAGGCGCAGAACUUCACCGCCGUUCCUGUCGGAGUGCCGUACGAGUCGCAGCGCGUGUUUCUCCAGAACAACAGGAUCACGGAGCUUAGAGUUGGCUCUUUUGGCUUCGGAACUCAGGUUCUGUGGCUGUUUUCCAACAACAUCACGUGGAUUGAGGCAGGGGCCUUCAGUGAGCUGAGGGACUUGGAGGAGUUGGACCUGGGGGAUAACCCUAACCUCCACAGGUUGGAGGGGGGAGCCUUCCGUGGCCUUGAGAAGCUCCAGAGCCUCCACAUGCACCGCUGCCGGCUCACUGCCCUGCCCCAUGACAUCUUCCACAAGCUUUACAGUCUGCAGUUCCUUUAUCUGCAGGAGAAUAAUCUUCACUUCCUGCAGGAUGACAUCUUUUCUGACCUCAUCAACCUGAGUCAGCUGUUCCUGCAUGGCAACCGUAUCCGUACCCUUUCAGAGAACGUGUUCCGUGGCCUGGUCAACCUCGAUCGCCUUCUCCUCCAUGACAACCGCAUCAGACAGGUGAACCGCCGGGCCUUCCGUGACCUUGGCCGCCUGACAAUGCUCUUCCUCUUCAAUAACUCUCUGGCUGAGCUGCCCAGCCAGACUCUGAGGGACACCCAGGGCAUCGAGUUCCUCCGCCUCAAUGCCAACCCCUGGUCUUGUGGGUGUGAGGCCCGUGCCCUGUGGGAGUGGUUCCGUGAGGCCCGUGUCUCCUCAUCUGAAGUCAUCUGCUCUUCCCCUUCCACCCGUCGUGGCCAGGAUCUCCGCUUCCUUCGUGAGAUGGACUUCGCCCUCUGCCCCUUGCCUGACCCUGGCUCCAUUGCCGGCUCCACCACCACCACCUUCAGCACCAAGACCCGCUGGUGGUUCCACAAGAACAAGCCCCAGUCAUCCACUAAAGGUGUCUUCGAGAAAGCCUCAGAGACUGUGAAGGCCGGUUUGUACGGAAAGGGCCCGUCCACAAUCACCUCAGCAGUCAAGUAUGAGCUGGGAGAGGAUGAGCUGGCGCUGCCCAAACUCGAGCAAGAAGAGUACUGGGCAAACUAUGGCAAUGAGGACUCAGGUGUCACCCUGCGGUGCUUUGAGCUUGAAUGUCCACCUGAGUUCGACCUGCCUCCAUCUUCCUCCUCUCUCAGAUCCUCCUCACCCUCUUUCCUUUUACUACUAGCCCUUUCUGUUUUCACCCUCUGCCUCAACCUUCACCUGCUAUUUGGCUGAAUCUGACUCUUAGUACCACACCCCUACCCUUCCAGCCUGUUUUAAAGGCUGUGAGGAUCCCUGUUAGACUUUCUACACCCCCUUUGCCCACUUUGCUGUAAGCAAAUCCUCAAGGCACAGCAAGGGAGAUGGGGGGGACGGUUAGAUUUGAAAUCUACCAACUACAGGGCUUAACACUUUUCAGGGCUGCUAAGAGUUCUUCAGCUAAGGUAUAUGUUUAUCUACAAUGCUCUGCAGGUAUGGCUUUCUCUGCCUUACCUGUAUGAUGUCAUGUUAUGAUUCCCUGUAAUCAGGGCUACGAGGGCUGAGUCCAUCUCUAGUACAAACGCAAUUUGAUAGCAGCUGUGAAUGAUGUUGUCAAUUCUGUCACCUCAACUUAUUUAAAACUACUAGUGCUUUUAGUGCAUCCAAAUAACUGGUUGCUACGAAUGCUACAAUUACUGUUAGAAUCAGUGCACAGUAAUGAAAAUACUGUAACCACUUAAAGUGUCAUGUAAAUAGUUAUGUGUACUGUGAGUGUUCAAACUAAUAUCUGUGGUUCAUCACAAUCAUGUUCAUCUUGAUCCAGAAAAACUGUGAAGGCUUGUGCUUCUACAGGACAGAGCACCAGGCGCAAUGAAGCUGAGGGUCUUAGAGCGAGAGAGGAGAAAGGGAAACAAAGUGAGGUUGAGCGGGAGCAAAAGGAACAAGAGAGAGAUGCACGGACGUCAUAGAAGAGGGAAGGGAGACAAAAUGGCAGUGAGAGGAAGGGAGGAGAUUUCAAAGGAAACAGCUUUAGAAAGAAGAAGAUGUGGGUGGGGAGGGGAGUGUUCAGGCAGCAAUAAGAAAAGACGCAGAAAAACAGCGAGACAGAACAGAGGACAGUGCUGGCGGUAGAAGCAGCAAUUUGCAGGAGACAAAUAAUAAAUCUACUCAUCAGUAGUUGUUCCAUCCAUUAUACUCAUACCGUUCACCAUUUUCUGUAUAUAUAGUGUUGUUUUGCGACAACCACAGGGAAUGAAUGCUUCCUGUCAGGAAGCCAGAGAUUUUGUUUUUUGGAUGUCUUUCUGUGACAUAUUGAUAUAAUGUGUGAUGAUUGUUGACUUGGAUGCAGAUGAAGAUCUUGAUAAAAAAGAUAUAUUGAAUAUUUCUUGAAUCAUUCUUUUCUUGGGGGCAGUUUUUGCUGAAUAUAUUUUAACUGGAGGAAUUCAGAGGUGUACUUUACCACCUUAAAACAAAUGUGGGAUCAAAAUGCACAAAUUGUCUCAGUGCAUCUGUAGUGUGGUGACUACACUGGACUGAAAGGACUGAUCACUUGGCCACAUGGAAAGCUCUGACUUAACGGGCAUCUGUGUGUGUGCAUAAAUGGGGAUGAAUGGAUUCUCAAGUAGGCAACACUGCAAAAGGCAAGUACGUCAGUAGGUUUCUCACUUUUGUGAUUCAUCAACAGGCGAUGCCAAAUGGACAGACAAAGCGCAAACUGGCUGAUUUGUAAAUACACCAAGAGAGCAAUGAGAGAGUCUGGAGAGAGACAGAAAUCAGAGUUAAAUUUAGGCUGAAAGACUGACACACAGAAAGACUAAUGGAAAUGGUAUGAGGUGAAACAGGAAAAAUGUGCUGAGGCAGCAGGCUGGAGAAAUGCUCUGAUGGAGCAACACAAGAAGAGAAAAACAAAAGAAGCAGCAGGAAGUUACCUUAUACACAAAAAUUCUAGAUAUCCAUCAGGAAGGUUUAUUAAUUGCUUCUUCUUGAAAACAAUUUACUGUACUGACUUGGAAAAAAGGGAAAGAUAGUGUAGGUGUACAGCUACUCUUUUUCCUAACAGUCUUUUAAAUUACUCACUGUUAUCCUAAAGCUCUCUUGAUCUCUCGAGGGUAAAGACAGGAUGAAAAGAGGUGAUGUCUGGCUGUGACGGUGGUGAGUAGGGCAAGGCAAAGAUGUAGUAGGAGUGAAAGAGUAGGAGGUAGUGAGCCACGUACAAGCCAGUUGGCCUUGCAAGGGUUACAGAAAACUAGUUCCUCUUUGAGAUUUUCUUUUUUUUUUGCCAACUGACUUCCCCAUUAGGAGUGAUUUUGGAAAAUACUCAGUGUCAUCUUUGUCAGCUUUUUUAGUCUCUUACAAAGUCUAAUGGAGGAGGUCAAACUGAGCCCGGGUGCUCUUCAGUGGCCAUGACAGUGAGGUCACUGUCAGAUGACCAAAGUGCCAGUUAUACCAUUUCCAAUUUUUGUUUGUUUUUCUGUCUGCAUGUUCUAUGUUUUGUAUCUGAAAAAGAAAUG